AUGGCCCUGCAGCAGCAUGGGGCACCUGUGGUGAGAAGGAACCGCAGGUUGAAGCUUGCCAAGAGAGCGCCACCUUGCAAGGUGAAGAAGUCACCAUUUCGCUGCCGGGUGAUGCCUUUAGCUUUGCAGAGGCCGUCGACACGCCAGAGGAUGUUCUUAGCGAACUCCGCAGUGCCAGUGACGACUUCGAGGACGUCGUGGUCGAAGAGUUGGACGGCGACGCUGGCGACGAUGAGGACGAGGACAGGGCGCUGGAAACCGAAGCAGAGGACAACGUGGACGAAGGGGAUGACCUGGACUUCGCCAAAGAUUCGGAUAGCGAUCAACCAGGAGCAACCCAGGAGGACGUUGGCCAAUGCGACGAGGCCGUCGAGCUCCCUUCGGGCGCCGAGACGGGCGUGGAGGAGUUGCUGCUGAUGGAUGGUACAGAGCAAGUGAUCAUCGUCAAGAAGAAGAAAAAGAAGCGGAAGAAGAAGCGAAAGAAGAGACAAAAAGUCAUCGAGGAAGUCACAG